AUGGGGAAGAGCUGCUCGGCUGUUGGCUGUACGAGACGAUUCAAAAAGGGCGACAAAGGUUGGACAAGAUUGCCCUCUGAAGAAAGUGAACCUGAGCGCAGGGAAAAGUGGAUAACUGCUCUGCGAAGGGAGAACUGGACACCAGGAAAGCACAGCUGGUUAUGUGGAGCGCAUUUUAUCGGCGGGGCGAAGAGUGAUGAGCCUUUGUCACCAGACUAUGUGCCACGUGUGUUUACGUUUGUACGGUCCCCAGUCAAGAGGAAAAUGCAGGAGGAGUUGGAGGCUUACCACCGGCGUGCAAAGCGGACUCGUUUGUUUGCUGAUCAAAGCGCUACAAAGGCUGUGGAAUCGACUGCAGCAACUCCUACUCCUGAUCCUGCUGAAUCCGCGUCCACUUCAAAAUCUUGCCAAACAGAUCUCACCAUGGGCAAGCUUCACGAUUUGGAGAGUGAAAAGGAGCAGUUGAAGGCAUCAGUAGCGAAACUGCAGGCCCGAGUGACGGAGUUGGAGCUGGAGAACGCCACCUUGAAGCUGAAGCAGCCGUCUUAUGGGUACACUGAAGAUAAUUUCAAAAAUGACCCUGCCAAAGUCCAUUACUACACUGGCCUGCCUGAUGUGAAAAUCCUGUCAACUGUCUUCUCUUAUGUGUCAAAGCCUCUCUCUGCCCAUGGUCAUAGCAAGUUGUCCCUCUUCCAACAAUUCAUCCUCGUGCUCAUGAAACUUAGACUGAACCUCGCGCAUCAGGACUUGGCUUACCGCUUUGGCAUCAGUCCGGCCACUGUCACAAAGAUAUUUGAGAAGUGGAUUCAAGUGAUGUUCGUCCGGCUACGCCCACUUAUCCGCUGGCCAAACCAUGGUGACCUGGAGAAGACCAUGCCGAGGAGCUUCCGCGGACAGUUCGGUCGCUGCGUCUGCAUAAUCGACUGUUUCGAGGUAUUUAUGGAGAGGCCACGUAAUCUUAUGGCUAGAGCUCUCACCUUUUCACAUUACAAAUCCCACAACACUGUCAAGUUUUUGGUUGCUGUCACACCCCAAGGCUCCAUAUCCUUCAUCUCCAAGGCUUGGGGCGGACGAACACCUGACAAGCAUUUGACGGAGAACUGUGGCCUAUUGAAGCUCCUCAAUCCGGGAGAUCAAGUCAUGGCGGAUCGUGGAUUUACUAUCGAAGACAGCGUUGGCAUGUACUGUGCCAAACUAGUCAUCCCUUCCUUCACCAGGGGGAAGAAGCAGCUGAGAAGGCAGGAGCUCGAGCAGUCACGCCAAAUCGCGAAUGUGCGUAUCCACGUUGAGAGGGUGAUCGGCCUGCUUCGGCAGAAGUAUACCAUCUUGCAGUCAACCCUGCCUAUCACCCUAUUGAAGCAUGAUACGGAUGAGAAGGAGUCCAUGAUUGAUCGUAUUGUUAGUGUGUGCUGUGCUUUGUGCAAUUGCUGCAAAUCUGUUGUGCCGCUCAACUGA